AUGGAGCAAGCGUCGCACUACCUCUGCCUCUUCCUGGCUCUGCUCCUACCCCUCCUGCUCCUCAGGCUACUCAGGAAGCGCGACGGCAACGCCGGCGGCGUCCGGCUGCCGCCGGGCCCAUGGAAGCUGCCGGUGAUCGGCAGUCUACACCACAUCGGGGGCAAACCGCACGUGCACCGCGCGUUCGCCGACCUUGCGCGGCGCCUCGACGCACCUCUUAUGCACCUCAGGCUCGGCGAGGUCCCCGUCGUGGUGGCCACGUCCAGGGACGCCGCGCGCGAGGUCCUGCGGACGAACGACGUCGCGUUCGCCACGCGGCCGUCGAGCCCCACCGCAAAGAUCAUGAUGGAGGACGGGGUGGGCCUGGCGUUCGCGCCCUACGGCGAUCUGUGGCGCCGGCUCCGGAAGAUGAGCAUCAUGGAGCUCCUCAGCGCCCGCCGCGUCCAGUCGUUCCGCCACGUUCGGGAGGACGAGGUGGCGCGCAUCGUCGCCGCGGUCACCGCCACCCCACCGGGCGAGCCCAUCAACGUCAGCCACCGGAUCGCCGUGAUGGUCGCAGAUUCGGCGGUGCGUGCCAUGAUCGGGGACAGGUUCAGCAGGCGGGACGAGUUCUUGGUGUCGCUCGAGGAGGGGCUCAAGCUCCUCCCCGGGUUCAACCUAGGCGAUCUAUUCCCAUCGUCGCCGUUUGUGAGCUUCCUCAGCGGCACGGCAGGGCGGGCGCACGCAAACCACCGGAAGAACUCUGAGCUCAUGGGGUGCGCCACCAAGGAGCACGAGGAAAGUACAGCCGCAGCGGUGGCGAACGGCGGUGCGCAGGAGGAAGAGGACCUGGUGGACGUGCUCUUGAGGAUACAAAAGGAAGGUGGCCUCGACAUGCCUCUCACAAUGGGAAUGAUCAAAGCCGUUAUCCUUGUAAGCGCAUACAUAGAACAAGUAUUUAGUUACCAUAUUUGUUUGUAUAUGUUUGCAUUGUGUUUAUCAUGCAUGUUUCUUGAAAUUCUGCAUAUAUACGACUUGUUCAUCCCUGGAAGUGAGACAUCAGCAACUACACUGGAAUGGGCCAUGUCGGAGCUUAUGAGGUGCCCGGAUGUGAUGAAGAAAGCGCAAGCCGAGCUACGUGACAACCUCAAUGGUAAGCCGAAAGUGACCGAAGAUGACUUGGUACAGAUGAAAUACUUGAAGCUCAUCAUCAAGGAAACAUUGAGGCUGUAUCCGGCGGCACCAUUGCUUCUCCCAAGGGAGGCUAGGGAGUCAUGCAAGAUCCUUGGGUACGAUGUGCCAAAGGGCACCACUGUGUUGGUGAACGCGUGGGCGAUUGGUAGGGAUCCCAAGUAUUGGAAUGAUGCUGAAGACUUUAAGCCAGAGAGAUUUGAGUGUAGCACAAUCGACUUCAAGGGCAUGGACUUUGAGUACAUACCAUUUGGUGCUGGUAGAAGAAUAUGCCCGGGAAUGGUGUUUGCAGAGUCAAAUAUAGAACUCGCACUAGCAGGCCUGCUCCACCACUUUGACUGGAAGCUCGAAGAGGGGCUGAAGCCAAGUGAGCUGGACAUGACUGAGGGCAUAGGCCUCACUGUUGGAAAGAAGAACGACUUGCUUCUGCAUCCCAUGGUUCGCGUGCCCCACCAAUAA